ACGACUCGUCAGUUUUAUACGAAUCGUUAACGAAACGCCAUUAUUUCCUCUCAAAUUUCAAAGUGUAAAGUGAAAUUAAAGUAAACUUUGAAAAAAUGUCUCUAUUGCCACAUAUUUUUGACGACGUUCAUCCAUCUUGUAAUCGUCCAGGCUGCCAUCGUUCACCAUUAUCGCUUGACUGGUGGUUCAAACCAACCGAUUUUCCAGCUUUGCGAUCGGCAUUAGGCAGUCCUGCCGCUAUUUUGAACCAACAUUUUCCCGAUUUUAGCAAAUUGGAACAUGGAGCUAAAAUGGACAAGGACGGCUUUCAAGUGUGUGUUGAUGUUCAACAUUUUCUACCCAAAGAAAUUGAAGUGAAAACUGAGAAUAACACCGUUAUUGUUCAUGCAAAGCACGAGGAAAAAGAAGAUGAUCAUGGUUACAUUUCACGCGAAUUCACCCGACGCUAUACGCUGCCACAAGAAUUCAAGAUUGAAGAUGUAACGUCAACUCUUUCAUCGGAUGGCAUUUUAACGAUCACAGCACCAUCACCAACACCGGCCGUUGAAGGCAAAGUUCACCAUAUUCCAAUCCAACAAACGGGACCAGCUCACUUGAAUGUCGCCAGCAACGAAGAAGUGAAAGACGAAGAAAAAUAAUUAUAAUUUGUUUAUGUGAAGAAAGAAAGUGCAUUUAAUGGUUCCAAAAAGGAAGAAAGAUCUGGAUUUUUCUGAAUUUCGAUGAUCUAAGUCUAUAGUUAUUUAUUGAGUUUUCUAUUUGAUAAAAUGUGAUAAAAACUAAGAGCAAAUUUUGAAAUUCAUUAAAAAAAAAUAAUAAAAACAUG